AUGCCAUCUGGGGAUUCAGCUAGCAGCCCCCAUUCUGCGAUUUCUGUCGCCGGCUUGGCCAUUCUGUGGUCGAAUGCCGUCUUGGCCGGCGUGGCCAUGAUGAACGCGACUUCUAUUACGUCGCGCGCGUAUCCGGAGCUCCAAGAGAUACAUCAAGCCCCUGGACCUAACUGUAUAAGUAUUUCCCUGCGCUACAAAAAAAUACUUUCAGCGAAGGAGAUUAAUACUCUUCGCAACGGGAUCAUUCUUCGAGACUCGGUGCAUACCCAGUUUGUCAAAUUUACAAUUGCCCUAAAGCCUACCGACAUCGGAAAUGAGUAUGAGGGAAAGACUUACAAGUGCUAUCCCCGGGCUGAUAUCCCGGCCAUUCCCUCCGGUCGGCGCGUCCUAUUUUUACCAAACACAGAGUAUGAGAUUCCAAGCCCCGCAAUUCUCGAUUCGCAUUGGAGAGUGUGCGAGAUCUUCAAUGCAUCUGCGAUGGGAGAGACCAUUGAAUGA